AGUAUUUAAAAGGAAUCUUUCUCUAGAAUUUAAACUAUUAAUUUGAUUUUUGAGUGGUGUACUUUGUGUGUGAAAUGGUAUCGAAUAAGUUUUCUAUAAUUUUGCUAUUGCAAAUUCUUGGAAUAGUAUUCUGCCAAAGAGUGCCUCCUAAAUGGAGCGAAAAAUCACAUGUAGUUAAAGGAGCACUGUACCUUCCAUAUGCAGAAAUCAAAGAACCAUUCGAAGCCUGGUAUGACACUAGAACUAACAACUCGCGUAUUGAUUUUUACAACGGAUUAGCUAAAACCUAUCAACUUGGAGAACAUGGAUUCGGUACAAGUCUAAAAGUGGUCCCUUUUACCACCGAAGAAGUUCUUAAUAAGAUCACGUGUUUCCAAGUUAAUGGUACUGAAGACGACCCGGUUACACCUCAAGCAAUUUUGCCUUCAUUGGAUGAUUUUACAUUUGCAGGAGAAGAAGAAAUUGAUGGAAAACAUGCUGAAAAAUGGACUCUUACUGUUGUAGAAGGAGAAAAGAAAAAUGUUUAUACAAUGUGGGUUGGCAAACAUCACCAUGGCCAUCCAGUUCCAAUCAAAUAUGAUAUGAUGGGUUACAACACAUUACUUGGUAGCCACUAUGAUCAUUAUUAUGUAGAUUAUUAUUUUUACGAACACAGGAGAAUUUCAAGGGAAACAUUUAAUGCCGAAGUUCAUGGUAUAACCUGCAGGGAGUUUCCCGGACCUGGAAACCAACGUGUACACAGCUUCAAUCCCAUGUCCGAAUUUAUCCGACCAGAAAAAACUGAACAUGUAGACAGUAGAUUUAACGAUUUCAUCGAAACCCAUGGAAAAGGAUAUGAAACUGUACAUGAGCACACUCUUCGUAAAGAAAUUUUCCGUCAAAAUUUGAGAUUCAUCGAAUCACAUAACAGGCAAAAUAAAGGUUACACUUUGGCUGUUAACCACUUGGCUGAUAAAACUGAAAAUGAAUUAAAAGUUCUUCGUGGAAGAGUUUCCAGCGGUGGAGAUAACGGUGGCUUACCAUUUUCACAGGAAAAUAUUGGCGGAGAUGAUCUUCCAGAUCAAUACGAUUGGAGGUUGUAUGGAGCAGUCACGCCAGUGAAAGACCAAGCCGUAUGUGGAUCCUGCUGGGCUUUUGGAACUAUUGGCGCCUUAGAAGGAUCACUAUUCCUUAAGAAUGGUGGCAAUCUAGUACGACUUUCUGAGCAAGCUCUACUGGACUGUUCUUGGGGAUAUGGUAACAAUGGAUGUGAUGGCGGAGAAGAUUUUAGAUCUUACCAAUGGAUAUUAAAACAUGGUGGUGUUCCAACUGACGCCGAUUACGGAAAUUAUUUGGGAGAAGAUUCUUACUGUAAAGCUGACAAAUUAAACAAAACUGCAGCGAUAACUGGUUGGGUUAAUGUUACUUCGAAUGAUGAGACUGCUCUUAGACAGGCAAUAUUUACAAGUGGCCCAAUCAGUGUGGCCAUCGACGCUAGUCGAAAAGGAUUUAGUUUUUAUUCAAAAGGAGUGUAUUACGAUGAGAACUGCGGAAACAAAGAUGAGGACUUGGAUCACGCAGUUUUGGCUGUUGGUUAUGGAACCAUUGAUGGUCAAGACUACUGGUUAGUCAAGAACAGUUGGUCUACCUAUUGGGGAAAUGACGGUUAUAUUUUAAUGUCCGCCAAGGAUAACAACUGUGGUGUAAUGACCACUCCUACAUAUCCAGUAAUAGCUAACUAACUUUGUGUUAUUUAAGUAUUUUGAAUUUAACUAUAUUUAUAAUAAACUUUAAAUAGGU